AUGUGGAAAAACCCCAUUCGAACCCAAAAUAAUGUAUUUCUUAAAGGCACGAGUCAUCAUCAGCAGAAUAAAUCUGUUAGCAAGUCCACAGCUACUAUGAAGGACCGUCAUUCUAUUGACAACAACGAUGGCUCUAGAUCAAAUGCCAACUUGCAUGAAGAUUCGAUCUUUCCAAAUUCUCAUCCUUUCACUCAGGGCAGCCGUGAAAUAGAUGAGAAGGAAAAGUUAAGACGUAUGAGGAUCUCAAAGGCAAACAAGGGAAACGUUCCCUGGAACAAGGGCGGGAGACACAGUGCUGGUGCAAAGCUUGAAAGAAUCAUUUACUUUGCAUUAUUUUCCAUUUGAGGCGGUCUUUUUUUAUACGGACUCUGCUCCCUAUUUGUUUUCAGAGACACUGCAAAAGAUUCGUGAACGAACAAGAGCAGCAAUGCAGGAUCCCAAGGUGAUGCGAUGUAAGAGUAAUUUAUCUUUUUCUCUUGUGAAAUGCUAGAUGAAACUAGAUGUUUUAUGUUGUGUUUGCACAACAUAUUUUGCUUGAAAAUGUAACGUUGAAGAUGGGCAUCCUUGUGGAACAUUGUUUUUUGGUCAGUUUUGAGCAGGCUUGAAAUUAUUUUUUCUCAUUUUUUGUCUUUUUUAAGCCUUUCUUUUGUUGUUUAGUGGGCUAAAGUUAUCGUGUCCUUAGUGGGCUAUAAGUGGCCAGUCCAUUUAAUGUGCGUGACUAUAAAUACUCCUCUCUCUCUUUAUUUUUAUUGAUGAAAAACGUUUUCGUCCUUUUCUAGGAUUUGUGAGCGCACGAACUGUUCCCUUCCUCCCUCUCUCUCUCGUCCAUUUUUCUCUCCAAAUCAUUUGCUCUCCAUGAUUUCCAAUAGGAAACGAUAAAUGAUGUUGUUUGCGAUAAACACAUCCUUCACAUACUUUUAACAUCUGCUGUAUAUCAAGUUAGGUUUUUAGCAGGCAUGAAGAUAGUUUUUCGAUCGCUGAAAAAUGACUCAGUUUUUCUGCCUCCUGUUGCCAUCCAUUGGUUCUACUGUGCCGUGGUUAAGAGUUCAAAUGACUUUGUGCCCUCGAUCACAACGUAAUUUUCUGUACCAUUUUCUCUCACCUUCUGAUGUGGUAUCACCUUCAUUUUCCUGCGCUACACAUUGUCUGCACUGUGUCUCCUAUGCAGAUCCACACCGUCUGGCACUGCCCCCACCCCGAAGAACAAUAAAAAACAAAAAAACAAGUGCCUCCAUUAUGUAGCUUUCAACUCUCUAUGGACAGUCACCAAGGCUGUGCACCUACCAUUCCACUCUUUCGACGUCCCUCCACAUUCUCCUCUCAUAAAGAUUAAUUAGAGAUGAUUGGUUUACUCUCUGCUUUGUGGAUAUGAGGCACGAUCAAUAGAGCUUGCCUUGGGAAGUGAGUUCAACGUCCAGAUAUUCACAGAGGCGGGGAACGCAUAUUUGGGGGUAAUUUUCAAGCAUUCCCUAAGAUUUACUGAUGGUAGUUAUAUGUUUUCUUGUCCAAAAGAAAGAUGGCACUUUUUCUGUUACCCACCCUUAGGGUCAACUGAAUUUUAGACUGUAUAGAGCUUUUAAGGUUUAGGGUUUUUUGCUCAUAUGCGACACAUUUGGCUCUGUUUCUAUCAGCUUUUACCUGAGAAAAAUCUACAUUCAUUCUAAAUAUAACAUGUGCAUGUGUAUGAUUUCAAGAUUGUUGUCUUGAGUUUUUUUGUCUCCUUGAAAUUUAAGGCAAACUUCCUCUAACAGAGAAUCGGAUGUGCAGGUCAAGAUGAGGUUGGCGAAAGUGGGUCAUGCACAGAGGUAAGGAAAAGUAAAUUUCCCUCGAAGGACAUAAAUAAGUGUGCUUUGGAUUAAAUUUUUUUUUGCGGAAAUGAAAUGGAAACUAAAUGACGAAUCUCCGAUUCCAUGGACAUAUAUACCUGCAUGAAGCCAUUGAUUAUUUUUAUUUAUACAGAUGAGGAUAUAAAUGACAUGAUAAGUUUGCUGAUUUAAUCCUCCCUGGGGCAUAAAGACUCUGAAUUCUUCCUUGCAUCAGGACUGCUACCGCUUAUAUAUCAUAUUUUGAAUGUAUAGAGAUGUUAACAUUAGUUACAAACACAUGCAAGUUGCUACUUCAAGGGGCUGGAUUCAAAGAUUAUUGAUCAAUUUCAGUUUUAAUGCGAUGUUCAUGCCUAUUUUUGACCAACUGUCUUGGUUGAAAGAAGCCUAGGAGGACGCGGAAGGAGGUGGAGAGAAAAUGAAAAUCGCCCACUUAAUUCAUGUUGAGGUCUGGUAUUUACACCAGACCCGCAUUUCAGAGAGAGACCAGACCGGACUGGGCUUGUUCUGAACCAGUCUGAAGAUAAAAUAUAAAAAUACAAUAACCAGUUAUGCAGAAAAUAAUAAAUAGAAUUUAGUACAUUCCAACACCAACAAUGGUCAUUAAUGAUCUGAAAAAGACUCAAUAUAGAGAAAAAAGAAUAUACUGUGAUUCAAUCAUUCUUACUAAUUGUUAGUCACUUAUUUAAUAUUCAGUUGCGGCAUCAGCAUAUGCUACUGAACAUGAAAGGCGAUGUGAAUUAACCGUGACCACUAGUCCUUUGCUACAUUGAUCAUUAAAAGCCCAUCUAGUUCUCAUGCUUGUUCCUCAUCCAACAUAUUAUUCUGAACUUGAUGUUCAGCUUGUCCAUCAAUAAAAGUUUCACACUAAAUCGGGUAAAAUUUCUGAGCCCAGCUCUGAGUGCGUUGCAAACCUGAUUCAUAUAUUUCCUUUUUGGCUUAUCAACACAGCUCUUUCUUUUCUUUCCCUUUUGUUUUAAUGGAUGGAACCGCACAGUGAAGAGACGAAAAUGAAAAUUGGAGAUCGAGUGCGGCGAGGUUGGCAGCGGCGUCGUAGAAGGUUGGUGGUGCAAGAGACCUGCUACUCUGGGUGGUCAAACACCAUUGCAGAAGCUUCAAGGAAAGGCUAUGGCCAUGACAGUGAACUGCAGUGGGAUUCCUACAGCAUCUUGGAUGAGCAAUUGAAGACGGAAUGGCUGGAGAGUGUUGAGAGGAGGAAGAUGACGCCCCGGCUGAGAGGCAGCAGGAGAGUGCCAAAGUCCCCGGAGCAGCGAAGGAAGAUCUCAGAGGCAAUCUCUGCUAAAUGGGCAGACCCAGUAAGAACGAAUUCUGACGACCCUUAGACAUAUAUACUUUGGAUCAUUAUCCUAUAUAUCUUGAAACAUUAUAGAUUUUUUUUUUCCUUGUUGGUAAUAUUCCUAGGAGUACCGCAACAGGGUUUGCAGUGCAUUGGCCAAGUACCAUGGAAUUCCUGAGGGCGAAGAGAGGAAAUGGAGGAAGAAACCCAGUCGACCUCAAUCUCUGGACCAGGGAUCGGCAGGGAAGUUAGCUCUGGGCACGAAGGGCCCUGACAUGGAGUCAAAAUCAAUAAGAGAAGUCGUACAGAGGAAGAAGGAGAUCUCCUCGUCUUCUUCAUUCAAGGACCCCAAGGCGCAUUCCAAGCUAAGGAUGCUCAAGAAAAUCAGAGACCAGAGGGCGGCCAUGGCCACUAAGAAGCGGGCAGCAACCAAGAGGGCAAUGUACACUCUCUCUCAAAGGAUCAGUCUUUCCUUCUCUCCGCAUCUCCUCUGGCAACGGUGACUUAACUUGAAUCUGAUCUCCUUGUUGGCAGUAUCUUGAUAGCCAGAGCAGAGAAGGCAGCAAGAGCCCUGGAGGCAGCAGAGCCAAAGAGCCCCCUCACGCGGGCUUUGCUCCAAGAAGCUAGGGAGCUCAUCGCUGAGGCGAGAAGGUCGGUAGAGAGCAUAGAGAGUGGUCCAUGGGCCACCUCCCAUGAGGCUGUGGACGGUGCUUCUGCCAUCAGGCGACAAGUAAAUGGCGGCCUCAGGUUGACCAACUUCAUGGGGCAGACUCCACGGCUGGCGGGGCUUCUGCCUGAAGUUAAGGAGGGAGGAAGCAACGGGGGCAUGAUCUCAUCUCCAUUUGGGGAUCUGGAGGAACGCUUGGGCGUUGACCCUUCUGUGUGCAAGGGCAGACCAGAGGAGCAAGGAUCUUCGGAGGUGGGGAAGAAGGGCAAUGGGUCGAUCUCUUCUCUGUCUAAAGCCAAGAAGAGAUGGGUUCGUGGGAGGCUGGUUGAUGUCGAGGAAGACUAG